UUCACCAUUCCCGGGGAGAGGUUCCCUGCAGUCUCGGACGGAAGGAGCCAGAGGCACCGCAGAAACACUUUCUCCUCCAGUGCUCUGCCCACUGGGAACAGCUCUCGGCGCGCCAAGCAUGCUGCACCCGGGUUAGGACCCGGCAGGUCUCGCUGGGACUUUGGGCUGGCUCCCACCAUGAGCGCCGAGCUCAACGUACCUGUGGACCCCUCCACUCCCGCCUGCUCGGAGCCCGGCCACAAGGGCAUGGAUUACCGGGACUGGGUCCGCCGCAGCUACCUGGAACUGGUCACCUCCAACCACCACUCUGUGCAGGCCCUCUCCUGGAGGAAGCUCUACCUGAGCAGGGCCAAGCUGAAGGCCUCCAGCCGGACGUCCGCCCUCCUCUCGGGCUUUGCCAUGGUGGCCAUGGUGGAGGUGCAGCUGGAGACUCAGUACCAGUACCCGCGGCCGCUGCUCAUCGCCUUCAGCGCGUGCACCACGGUGCUGGUGGCCGUGCACCUGUUCGCGCUGCUCAUCAGCACGUGCAUCCUGCCCAACGUGGAGGCCGUGAGCAACAUCCACAACCUCAACUCCAUCAGCGAGUCUCCGCACGAGCGCAUGCACCCCUACAUCGAGCUGGCCUGGGGCUUCUCCACCGUGCUGGGCAUCCUGCUCUUCCUGGCCGAGGUGGUACUGCUCUGCUGGAUCAAGUUCCUGCCCGUGGACGCGCGCCACCAGCCCGGCCCUCCACCUGGCCCCGGGGGCCACACGGGCUGGCAGGCCGCCCUGGUGUCCACCAUCAUCAUGGUGCCCGUGGGCCUCAUCUUCGUGGUCUUCACCAUCCACUUCUACCGCUCGCUGGUGCGCCACAAAACCGAGCGGCACAAUCGCGAGAUCGAGGAGCUGCACAAGCUCAAAGUGCAGCUGGAUGGGCACGAGCGCAGCCUGCAGGUGGUGUGAGCGUGUGCGCUCCUGGGCGGGGCCGAUGCUGUGUGUCCGCGGCCGCGUCAGCUCAGCGUCCACGCCUCGCUGGGAGGGAACAGAAAUCGCUUGCAGUAUGGGGAAUUUCAGAAAUGCAAAUUGCCAACGGGGCUGCCGAGACACUGCCAGGUGGUUCAAGACCAAAGUUCUACUCCUGUCUUCAUGCUGUAAGACCUGGAUCGUUUUCCUUCAGAAGAUGGAAAUCUUCAGUUAAAUGGGAGACUGAUGCUAAGAGCUCAGGGGAAAGAAAGGACGAGUCCUUGGCCCUGGGCACUUCCUGAGGCUGGAGGCCGGGCUCCGAGUAGCACCGGGUGGUCACGGGUCACCUUGGAGACCUGGAGCGAGCGGCCGGCGGGGGCCGGGAGCCUGGCAGGGACCUGGAGAGUCGGGGUAGCACCAUGGGUUCAGGGAAGGGAUUGCCCCGUGACUCCUGAGCUGGGCUGGUGGCAGCCGGGUGGCACGUCUGAUGGCACCACCCUGCUACGAUUAGACGGGGCACAGGCUUACAGCUUGGUCUGGUGCUUCCCUCCCUGCCCUGGAGGGAGCUGGGCGGCCUGGCUCGUGGGGCUGGGGAAGGAAGGCAGGAGCCCAGGGCACGUGGCCCAGCAGGCGUCAGACUUGCCAGGCCCUGGGGGAGCCGUCCAAGGGCGGAGGCCAGUCUGUGGGCGCCCACUGGAGGUGGCUGUUAACUGAGGGGUGCUCUGAGGCACACUGGGCUCAGAUUCUUUCUUCCCUGCCAGCUGGAUCCUUGGCCACAUUGACCCAGCGAGGCCCCCAGGCUGGGGAAAGGGCCCAAAGUCCAGAGGCCUCCGUCUCUCGGCCACAGACUGUCCCCUGAGCCGCCAGCUGACCCUCCGGGCUGUGGCUGCAGAAGGCAGGGGCACUCUCGCCCAGGCACCCGGGCCCGCCCACCUCCCUGCUGCCUGUGGCCCCCGGCAGCGGGAGGGGGCAGCCAGGGGACUUCCUGUCUAGACAAGGCCGUGGCCGGGCCUGGUCUGUGGGUGGUAGCAUCAGCGGCCAGCCCUGGCCAAACGUGGGUCCUGCUUAUAAUGACGGCAGGGAAGGUGAGACCCUGUGGAGCGCUCCCCUCCUGGGCCUCCUGGCCGCAAGCACAGGCCCAGCUCACACUUCUUUGCAGCCAUGCACAGCACAGGUUCUGGUGUUUUUCAGAAGGGCGUCUGGUAGACCUGAGCCCAUGUUCUUGGACCGAACACACACAUGCUACAGCUCAGCUUACGUGUGAGCCUGCUGCGCCCUGGGCCGCUUUUAAGAACCACAUUUACCACACUGGCCAGCAGCCACCAGAGAGUGGUGCCUUUUCUUUUUGUUUCACAGUCACUGGACUUCAUGCUCUGACGGCAUUUCUGUCCACAGCCUGACAUCUCUGUGGGGUCUGGGUUGCCUGUACCAAGAAGUGCGGGCAAGCCUGGCUGAGGUUUCUGGGACUGUGACAUCCUGUUGAGAACCUGAACCUUAACACGUAACUGAAUGCUGAGAAUCACCAGUGCAAGUCAUGGCAUUUACGGGGAGCCUGGACAUCGUGUCUUGCUGGGCCGGAGGAGAGCCCUAGCGCCUUCCAAAGGGCGUGUCCCUCGCAUCCUCUGCAGACAUCUGUCGUGACUUGCUUGCUCCCUAGCGCAUGUCUCCUCUCCCAGAGCCUUGCUGAAAAGGCUCGUCUGGUGUAAUGCGUUUGCUUUGCAAAAGAAUGUCAGCGGCACUGCAAGACGGCCACUUUGUGUCCUGGCAGGGACUGGAAAGGCUGGCUCCUCCCCACUGCUGGGAGGGGACGGCAGCCCCUUCCUCUGGCCUCAGGCUUUUGAGAGGGGCCUUGUUGGGCUCACUUCGGUCACCUUCCUGGGCCAUCUGGUGCCCCUGCCCUGUGUGCCAGGCCCACAGAGUGCCGAGCUCCCCAGACUGCGGCGAGCACACUCUGGGCGUCAGCCAGUGGCCAGCUGUUACACCUGGCCCAUGGGCAGUUUUUCUAGCCUGGCCACAUCAGGGUCAGACACUAGGUGCCAGUGACAGUGCCACGUGGGUAGGAAAGAUGCCACAUAAUCAUGUUUUCGACACUGAUGAGGAGAAUAAUGUUCUUGUAAUUUCUUGUUCUUUCUUCCAGCGAGCUCUCCCAGCUCCAGCCUUUCUAGUUCCCAGAGGCAUGAGGCAAACUGAAUUUGUGAGAACAGAGAUGACUGUGGGCCUGGGGACUGAUGAUCGGGGGGGCGCCCUCAGGACUGGAGAAUAAGCUGCUAUUUGGAGCUGCAGCAGGGCAGUCUGCGGAGGGGAGGGAAGCAAAUUGCAGCCUAGAAAUUUGGUUUCUGGAGGCCUAACCUGACUGUGAAGGGGGUUCCAAGUGCAGUGGCCUUUCUGUGUUGAGAGGCGCCACAGGCCGCCCCGGAGCCAGCGUGGGCUCGCCCUGUUUUCCUCUGAGCAGAGCCUUCCUGGUGCUCAUUAAAACAAGUGCCCGCAGAUACGCUGAGGCCCCUUCCAAAGUGGAACACGGUUUCCGUUUAGUACCUGACCAGGAGUUUCAAAACUCCAGCGUUUCUAUUUUAGACAGACUGCCAGGGCAGAAUGUAUUUCAGUGUCUCUUCCAGGAAGGUCUGUUGAGGAUAAAACUGCCUAAGCCUGGGCAGAUCGAGGCUCAUCUGCACUGCUCACCUGUCUUGUGCUGAUUGAUUCAUUAUGCAUGACGCUGUGGAGACCACAUGCGGUGUGCACACCCCCUGUCCUGUGUAUGGAUUUUUAAAACAGUUGCCCUGGACUGAACUGAAUAAAUAAGUACUUAAGUUAUGAACUGCUCUCUGCUCUUGGUGGAGCACUGUGGAGAGAGGUGAUGCUUGGGAGCCCCUCCCUGCCAACCGCUGGUCACCAGGGUUCCGUAUCCUGCACCCCAUGGGGUCAAGCAUGACCCGGGCAGAGUGCAACUCUGAAGCUGUCAGCAGCUCUGAAGUCAGUAGUAACAGUAAUAACCUCACAUCUUCUACCCAUCCUGUUCUCCAAUCCAACACGGUCCCUAAAUGAAGGGCCUGGGAGUUCCCUGGCAGUCCAGUGGUUAGGACUCUGCGCUUUCACUGCCGUGGGCCUGGGUUCAGUCCCUGGUCAGGGAACUAAGAUCCUGCAAGCUGCGUGGCAUGGCCAAAAGUAAAUAAAAUAAAAAAUAAUAAAUAAAUAAAUGAAGGGCCUGCAGGCUGGGACAUCGGGCAACCUUGUUAAGAGAGACAGAUAAAGGAGAAAAUGACCUGAAGUGGUACCAACGAGUUUUAAGCUCAAAGUAUGCCACUGCCCUCAAGCUGUGACAAACUAAACAACCCAAGCAAGUGGCCGCGGC